AUGUCAACAAAUUCUUCAAAAUUUGAAAAUUCUUUAGGUUCUUCAAGAUCUCCAAUAAAUUUGAAUUCAAAUACUCUACAAUCAAAUUUAGAUAAUUUAAUAAAUUCAAAUAAAUUCAAACAAGAACAACAAGAAUUACAUGAACAACAGGAGAAACAACAAGCUCAUGAAGCUGAAGAAAUAGAAUCACAAUAUACAAAAUCUUCAAAUAAUCAAAAUUCUGAAAAUAAAGAUGCUUCAAAAGCCGAUGCGUUUGUUGAAACUCCAUUCAUGCCCAAAAUGGCAAAUGAAACUUUAAAAGCAGAAUUAGGUAGAUCAUCAUGGAAAUUAUUUCAUACAAUAUUAGCAAGGUAUCCAGAAAAUCCAACAAUAAAAGAACGUACAACAUUAGGAGAAUUUAUAAAUUUAUUUUCAAAAGUUUAUCCAUGUGGAGAUUGUGCAAGACAUUUCCAAACUUUACUUUCAAAAUAUCCUCCUCAAACUAAAAAUAGAAAAAUUGCUGCUAUAUGGGGUUGUGAUAUUCAUAAUAAAGUUAAUUUAAGAUUAAAUAAACCUGAAUAUGAUUGUACUACUAUUUUAGAAGAUUAUGAUUGUGGUUGUGGAUUAGAUGAAUUAGAAUCUGAUGAUACUUUAAGUAAAGGUUCAAGUAUUGAUUCGUCAAGGAAAUCAAAAAUUAACGAAGAUUCUGACAAUGGUUCAUUGAAAGAUUUAAAAAAUAUAAAAUCGGCAUCUACUAAAGAUGAAGCAGAUGAUUUUUUGAAAGAUCUUCAAAAACAUAAAGGUAAUGGUCCUUUUUUAUCCAACUUAGAAGAAAAUUCACCUAAUUCAGAAAGUAAUAAAAAUUCAGACUUGACACAAAUUAUUAAAGAAAAUGAUGAUCACUUAAAGAAUUUAAAAAUUGAAAAAGAAGAUUUACAGAGAGGUGGAUAG